AUGUCCAAUCAAGUGAAGCGUCUCAUACUUUGCUGUGAUGGAACGUGGUCGGAUAGUAAUGGUGGAUAUAAAGGUCCCUGCUUGAUCCCAUACUCACCAACAGCUACCCUGCAGGUUCCCAGUAAUGUCACUCGCAUUUCUCGAGCAUUCAGAAAAACGACACCAGAUGGAAAACCUCAAAUCAUCUACUAUCACUGUGGUGUCGGUGCAGGCUCGGAUACGGUCAAUGCUAUUGCAGGCGGCGUGUUCGGUAUAGGCAUCUGUGAGAAUAUUCGAGAAGUUUAUAACUUCAUCACAGCGAACUAUACUCCUGGCGAUGAAAUCAUUUUCGUGGGAUUCUCGAGGGGUGCAUUCACGGCAAGAAGUGUUGCGAACAUGAUCCAAGAUAUCGGUCUCCUGACUGGUGAUGGCAUGGAAUAUUUCUACCCAAUCUUCAAAGACCAGCAGAAUUUCAGAAACAGAGACUACAAUGAUGUCUUUCCCAAUCUUCCUUUUCCAGAUAAACCCGAAGGCCCAGACGCUGCUGCUGAGUACAAGCGAAGACUUGAGCAGGCAAGCCCAAAACUCCCUAGGCCAAUUUUUGGGGAUGGACUCACCAUAGUCAAUGACCCGGAUGGGAGUGAGAUCAGUGUGCAAGCUGUGGCCGUAUGGGAAACUGUGGGAGCUCUAGGCAUACCCCAGAUUCCCAUCCUCGCAAAUCUCGGGAUCCCCCGUUAUCAGAAGGAAUACAAGUUCUUUGAUACCAACCUCUCGAGCAAUACUAGACACGCUUUUCAGGCCCUGGCCCUCGAUGAGCGUCGUGCUACUUUUACUCCAGCUGUCUGGGAGAGGAAAGAUGAGAACACGGUCGGGGUGGACUUACGACAAGUCUGGUUUCCUGGAACCCAUUCUAAUGUGGGUGGUGGAGACUACGAUCAAGAGAUUGCCAAUAUUACGCUUGCUUGGAUGAUGGAUCAGCUCGCCUCAAUCGGUGUUGCAUUUCGAGACGAAUGUAUUGACAAAAUCUUCGAGCAGAAUGUGGAGUAUUACGAGAAUGCUCGUAAAUCUCCUACAAUCCCCUCUACUGUCUUUUCUCGCCGACCGAACAGACGGUGGGCCUCAAAGUCUGUUUAUGACAAGCACAGGCCUGUUCGUCCAUUUGGACUUGGGAAGAUAUACGAAUCAGACAUAAGCGUAUACCACUUUCUUCCCAAGGCUAUUCGAACCCCAGGUCUCUACAAACGCUUAGACCACAAAACCGGUCAGCCCACUGCCGUCGCAAUGACUUGCACCAACGAGCGGGUUCACAGCUCUGUCCGCAUCCGAUUUGAACUUGCAGGCCUUGGUCCCGACGAUCACGGCCCAUACAAAUGUCCAGCUCUCACGGAAAAAGGACCGUGGCAACCCAAACAAAGGCCAAUCCGAGUUCAUGAUCCUAUACCAUGGAAUGCCACUUGGGGACCCGAAACAUCUCCGGCUGCUGCUCCUCCUGGCGAUCUUCGAUGGGUCUGGGAAUAUAACGGACCUGAACAGGACGCACCGAAAGUGACAGUCAUGGUCGAAGACAACCUUGGUCCUUAUCAGAGGAGACUUCUUCUACUAAGUGAAAUGCAAGGACGGGAUGAGACGUUGGUGUAUCAUGACCAGCAAGGAACUAUUGAAGGAGGUAUUAGCAGAGGUUCGGUCUCCUAUGGCGUUUGCUGAGUUUGUCAAUCGCAACAUGCUUUCAAAAUGGCAUCCUGGACGUCGUUUGUCCAAAUCACUCUUGCAUUAGAUCCCUCCUCAUAUCUCAAGUAGUCACGAUUAGCUUACUAUAGAACUCGGGGUCUCAACUUAAGUUCUUU